CCCGCCCGGCCCCCCGGGCCCCCGGGCCCCCCUACAUAAGCCAGGGCGCCGGGCCCGCGGCGCUAGUCUCCGUCCGACCAGCGACCCGACCGCAUCCAGCAGCCAUGAAGGCCGUCCUCGUCCUCGCCACCCUGUGCGCCGCGGCGCUGGCGCUGCCCGCCCCGCAGAAGGAGGGCAGCUACUUCACCAACGAGGCCAUCCGCCAGGCGCAGAACACGUACCUCAUCCCCAAGGACGCCACCAUCCAGAAGGUGCAGGAGGGCAUCGAGCUGGCCGCCUACGAGAACAUCGGAGCCAACCAGCGCAUCGACCUCACCAAGAUCCUGGGCGACCACGUCCCCGCCGAGGUCAUCUCCAACCUGCAGUCGCAGGUGGACCAGGUCGGCAACUGAGCGGCCGCCGCCGUCGACGUCCCCACCACCACCCACCGCCAUCUGUACAUACCCCAUCCCGCCAAAGUCUUUCACCCCAAUCACCACGCAUCUUCGUGUUCCCCCAUUUUUUUUUUGUCUUAAAAAAACAACAAAAAAUAACAAAAAAAAGUU